AUUUCUGAAGAACGGAAAUACAUUUCGAUAUAAAUACUGGAAACGGCCCUAAGAAACGAUUCAGUUGCCAGCUUACAAAUAAGAACCAUGUUUCGAGUGAUAGUACUCCUGCUGUGUGGUACAGGCGCAAUAGCAAGUAAAUGUACCCUGCGCUACCAGCUGUCUUCCCCGCCCAUUUUAACCCAGAAAUUUGGCUCCCACAACAUCAUUCUCAACGCCCGAGAUGGUCAACUAAGUUGGGAUGAUCGAGCAACAGUGAAUGCUUAUUGCCCGGGUGGAUUAAGGAAUUUACGCCAACAUCCAAAUUAUGGCUAUUAUAAUCCCAGCUCUUCGCAACAAGUUACAUUCUCAUGUAGUAGUUCGCAAGUUAUGUUCGACAGACCUGACACAGGCGUGAUCACAUCAUUUCAAAAUGAUGGCCAAUUGAGUUGCCCCACAACUUCUAAGUUUUACGAAACAUUGGUACCUGCUUGCGAAUACCAGGGCCUCGCCUAUGGUUUCCUUUUGGGAAAACAGGCUGUAGUUCUUGCUGAAGUUUGCUACAACUUGGAUCUACUAGAACCUAUGUUCCUCCAUUACGUAGCCGGCGCACGUAGCACCAUCCUUGAAUCUCAGACGGCCCAUAAUGUUGCUAAUAUAACGACCUCCUCCGUUGAAGUUUUCAUAGACAAUUCUCUCAGGGAAUCAGAAAAUAGGACUUUGUUGGAAGCAGUACGAAAAUCGCUUCCACAAUAUUUAGGAGUAGUUCAGUAUCAAAUAGAGGAAUUCAUUCCUUUGAGAGAAGCGUCAGGUGUCUUUGGACUCUACGUCGAUGACUUUCGUAGUGUGAAUAUGAUUCCUUGGUGGAGAUCUUUGAAAUUUGGCAACUGGAAGUUGUUAGAAGAAGCUAUUGACAUGGUGUCAAGAAACGAGACAUACGAUGUUUUUGCUGGCACUUCAGAUAUUGUGAUCUAUCCUUCCAAUGAUAAAUGUAUGUCUACCGAUUUAUUAACAUUCAAAGUAGAUUCGUAUAUUCGCAAUGUGCCAAAGUAUAUUUGGAACUACGUUAAGAAAAGAGAAGAGGCCGAUGAUGGUAUCGUUAUCAUUGGUAUAAACUCACCAUUUUCCGAUAGUUCAAAAGGUGGUGAUGUUCUAUGUGAUGAUAUUUGUGAUAACAUUCCGUGGCUAAGCUCCUUGAAAAGGAGCAGAAAAAUGGCAGCACUCGGCUAUAUAUUUUGCUGUAAACCAGCGGAUGUGAAAAAUAAAUUGGAUCACUUUCUCAUUUGAUAUGUUCUUUAACAUUAACUAAAUAUAUAACCAUAUGCAUAUGUAUGUGAGCAUGAGAUAAAUACAAGAGAUAAAAUAAAAUCUUUGAAAAUA